CAUAAACUCAGAUUCUUUAUAUGAGAAAGCCAGAUACAACAAAACCAAAAGAGUCGCGCGUGCGAUGCGUUUUCGCCGACAAAUUUUCCUCGUUGUGGAACAAAAAUAGUCUUUCUGAUUUGGUUCCUUACAGAACCUGGAAAAUGUCCUGAAGCCACGGUCUGCAACCGUGUUCUACUCGAUGCAUGCGUGAGAAUCUUCGCCUUGCACCUGUGAAACGAACGGGAGAGUUGUGCUGGUGAACGCCUACUGCGGCCACUCCGAGUAGGACAUACCCACCUGGGCGAUGCCACCAAAAGCGAAGGCGAAAGCGGCAGCGGGAGCUGCCGCACCCGAGCCAAUCCGACAUGGAAUGGACAAAAGCGCACGCGGAAGCGACAGCCUGGGGACGCGCAUGGCAAGUAAGUCGGGAUCCUCAGAGGAAGAAGCCGAACAAAAAGCAGCAGGUAUACCAUACGGGACCAAAUUCAACAGGAUUUCCGCUUUGUUCAAUAAAGCGAGUUUUUACUCUCUUGCACUUGCACAGCUUUUCUGCCGUGCUCUCGAGAAGUUCCAAACCUACAGAAAGAUGAACGCCAUGAAAUUCAAACGCACAAAGAAUCAGUAUGUUAUUUCAUCUGAUCCUGUUCUUCAUUGUGUUUGAAGCUGAUCAUCAUAUCAACCUUCAGUCCUCACGAAGAAGUUGGAAGAGUCACAGAAGCGGUCUGCCGAGCUGGAGGUGGCUCUUGAGGAGAAGGAGGAAGCCACACGCACCGUGCGCCACGAACUGGAUGACCUCAAAGCGGAGGGCGAGGGACGGCGGGAGGUCCUGGAGGACCUGGCCAAGCAGGUGGGCGACAACAUGAAGAGACUGCACAGUCUCGGUGGCGUAGAGAUUCCGGCGGGUCUGGCGGAAGGCGAGGAGGAGCUGAGUCGCGACGAACGCACCGUGAAGAAGCUGGUACACUCGGUGCAGGGCGUGCUGCAGAUGGCCAAGGAAGCGGCGAGCCCGUCGCGGAAGGCGGCGCUGCAGCAGUCCCUGCAAAGCGAGAUCAAGGAGCUGAAGGCCAACCUCGACGAGGAGCGGAAAGCCCACUCCGCCAAGAUGGACGAGCGCGAGCGGCAAAUCGCAAAAUUGAGCGCCCUCGUCGGCGACCUGCAACGGCAAAACCGCGACGUGAUCGGAACCUCCUCCGAGGGGGUGCGCGGUGCGCGGGUCGAGAACCAGAAACUGCGGGAGGAGCUACAGGAGGUACAAAAGGAACGCGACAUGCUGGAUCUCUGGAACGCAGAGAACAUGCGCAUUUUGACGAGGCAGGAGGAGCAGCUCGCGAAUCAAAAGAAAACUGAAGUGCUGCUCCGAGAACAGGAUGCAAGAUUCCAAAACGAGAGCAACAGACUUGUGAAAAGCUGGAAUGCGAAAAAGCAGGAGUACAGAUGUCGCGUUGCUGUGUUUGAUUUUUUUUUGUUUGACGCUCUGGUCUGGGUUUCAACAUUUAGUCUGUCUGGCCGAAGAAUUUAUCUGCAUUUUUCCAAACACAUGAUGCCUUUUUGUUUUUUCCAUUUCAGGUAUGAACACAGCAUGAAGAAUAUCACCAGUUUGGAAACACAAGUCGAAAAGUUACGGGAAGAGUGCGCCAAGAAAGACAUGCUGAUUCUUGAUUUAAGGAAAGCGAGUCGCGCAAAGGACAUCGAGCAGUAUCAGAAGCAGGUGAAGCGACUUGUAGCCGAAAAUCAGGACAAAACGAUCAAGAUUCGGGAUCUCGAGCUCAAGCUGAAAAAGCUAUCAGGUACGUACUUAGGUGGUCAUCCUGUAGUUCACAAAGCCUGAUCGAACAGUCCUCUGGUCAGUAGCCCUUCGUGUACGUGCUCUAGUCGCAUCAUCGUUUUUGUCAUUUUGUUUGUUUUUGAUUUUGCCGCAUCUUCAAUGAAUCUUCAUCACGCACCAACUACGACACUUUGGACUACAAAAUAACACAACACUCUUACAGCGCAAUUCGAUCUGUCGUCGCAGCAGAAGUCAGACGGUAUGGGUUUGAGUUUAGAUGCGGUGGCGCAACUGCUCACUCAAACUACCGAGCUGGUGUCUCCCUCCAAGUCCCGCAGCAAAACCUCUCCUAGUAAACCGCUGGCAAAGUCCGCGACAGGAUCUGUGGCGGACGUGCAGGUGGCCGUGAUGCGUGAGAAGCUGAACGACAAGGACAAAGAGAUCUCGGCGCUGAAUUCCAACAUCAAGAGCUACAUCGCGAAGGAUAUGGAUCUGAAAACGAAGUUGCGCGACCAGGGCGAAGUAAAGCGAAAGUACGAGACCAUGGUGGACCAGUACCGCUACGAACAGAAUCUGGUAAACUCGAGGUGGGAGCGGAAGGUCACCGACCUGGAGUCCGAGAACACGCUGCUGCGGCACGACCUGACCAAAUCGCAGCACGGCGGCUUGCUCGGCCACUCGCCCGGCAGCGGCGCCGACCACCGCACGCCGUCGCGGGGAGGCGCCGCGGGCGGCGGCAAUAUGGGCAGCACGAUUCUGCGGCCGGGAUCGCCUCCGGACUUCGACUUCUCCGGCUUCGAUUUGUCUCCAGCAUCGGACAAGGACGAUGACGCUCCGUCGGUAACCAAGGAGCUCGAAGAAACAAGAAGUACUCUGAGUUGUUUGUGGCUUCUCUAUGGAUUUCGUGUUGUUAAUCAAUGCUUCGUUGUCGUUCGGCUUCGGUUUUUCAUUUUUUGCGUUACCACCCUCUACGAUAAUCAAGAUCACAGCACCUGCACCUUGUAUCAUUUAUACAAUUACCAACAGAAAGCGGCGAGGCGCUUUUGAAGGUGGACACGCAAAACAAACCGCACUGGACCGCAGCGAUUUUCGACAACGGCAGACCAAAGUCCGCGUUCACGGGUCGGACUCUCGCCGGCAGCCUGGUGACCUCGCAAACGAGCAGCGCGGUCAACGUCGGCGGUCUGGCAGGUAUUGCGCGGCCGGGAACCGCCAGUGCCUCGACUGGAAGCCGCUCACGACCUGGAAGGUAGCGUCCGCACUCCACUGCCAUAGUUACUUGAAAAUGGCCUCUCUCAACACCAUCUUCAGAACUUUUUUUCGUCUCCUUUUACGUUUAUUUUCUUCAACAACGCAGAAUCGAAUCCAACUCGUACUCCUACUCGAAAUGAUCUAGCACUAUAAAAGCUUCGUUGGGCUGCUCCUAUGUACUGGAGAAGUUUCCCAAAGUACAAUCAACAAACACAGUUUCAAUUUCAACGCAACACACAGCUUCAGGUGGAUUAGUUCGAUACCAGAGUUGGUGUCGCAACCCCUGCAUGUCUGCUGAGUUUCAUCUUCUUCUAAAUUACAACCGUCCGGCCGCACCGGAAAUAGAAGUGUUUCUAGCAAUGAAUGGCUACAAUGGUUUUUGAAAAAUGUUGAUUGCCACAAGAGAGACCGUAAUGCCGAUGAAGAAACACUAUACAGUUAUACUUUCAAUGAGCUAGGAAUAGGAUAGAGCGGUGGAGAAAAUGCGAAAUCAUUAUUGUAGGAUCAUGUGGAUAGCCAGAUGAGAUUUGGUUAAUUCUUGAAGCACUUCUGUUUCGCGCUCCCUCGGCAUUUGGGAGAUGUAGAUUCCGAUCAGUAAUUCCCCUAUACAGUAGUACAUCCAUUGUCUCCUCGACGUUGACUGUUAUGUUCCUCUCUUACGGCCGGAGCCGGCGACUAUUCCCACCAG